AUAAUAUAAGCGACAGGUGGCUACGCCGCUGCGCUAUUUACAUACGGGUCUUUGCGACCUCGUUUGAGACCGUGUGCAGUUAGAAUUGUACAUUGCCUCGUGUGAAGAUUAUCGGUUAUGGCAGGCGCGUGUGUUCUACAGAGUUCAAGUGCACAGUUAAUUGGAUACUGCUCGAGAGAUUAAGGUUGCAAAGGCGUGCAUGGAAUGGCGUGCCUUCAUAGCGGCCUGUUUCUACAGGAAGAAAGUGAUUGGCAGUACGGAAUUUGAAGAUAUUUUGGGACUCAUCCGGGUGAAUUUUAAUCAGGUCAGAUGCACUAUUCGCGACAAUGACGGUGUCAUCUGCAUACAACAGGACCAGAAGCUUAAGCCACGAUAUUGCAGUAUCUGGGUUGAUAAGUUCAACCCUAACGGAUCCAUUUAUAUGCAGGUUGCAAAGGCGAUCAUGGAAUGGGAUGCCUUCAUAGCGGCCAGUUUCUACAGGGAGGAGGUGGUUGGCAGUGCGGAAUCUAAAAAUACUUUGGGACUCAUCAGGAUGAAUUUUAAUCAGGUCAGAGGCACUACUUGAGACAAUGACGGUGUCAUCUGCAUACAAUAGGACCAGUAGCUUAAGCCACAAUAUUGCAGUAUCUGGGUUGAUAAGUUCAACCCCAACAGACCCAUUUAUAUGCAGUGUAGAGGCACAGUGUCUUCCCCCGGGGUCCUAGUGAGCUCCGCCCCGGUUUGGUGUGUUCCUGGAUCCAGAUGCGUCCCAUGGGCGCUGUAUCGGUGGUUGAGGCUGCGAUGAGCCAAGCUGUUGAGCCGUUUCCGACUGGCGGUUUGGGGAAUCCCUGCGAGGUGCAUGUUGAGCCGUUUCCGACUGGCGGUUUGGGGGAUCCUUGCGGGGUGCGUGUUUGGCCGUUUCCGACUGGCAGUUUGGUUGGUCCCUGCUAGGUGCGUGUGGGCGAGGAUUCCUCCUCCGGGAAGGCGAUGGCGAUUGUUGCUUUCGCGGAGUCCUGCGCUCAAGCAUAGGGGAAGCAUCGCGCUGGCUACGCUCCUGCGACACAGUCUUGUUCGAGUCGUUGGACUGGGCACAAGGAGCCUGUGACAUGGCUGGCUGUGUGUGGGAUCUGUUUACAUUUCUAGCUGGAGCAUACUGUGUGUUUGUGAAAAAAUUGUUGUGCUUUGUAACACGGCUGCCUUGCAUGAUCGUAUCCCAGUUCGGAAAGGCAUCAGCGACAACGCGACCAUCUUGAAUGAUUUUGGCUGGAUAUAUAAUAUGCUGGCCUUGCAUUUUGGAUAUUCUUGGCGGAGGCGCUUGAACUGUGGCCAUAAUUGCUUGCGAGCAUCAACAAUCUCGCGUGGAUAAUCUCUAUUUAUGUGAAAAAGUGUUCCGCGGAGCUUGUUAGCAUUCGAGAGGAUGUGCUCAGUAUCACGGGGAUCCAGACAGUAUAUAAUGAUGGGUCGUGUGGAGCCGUGCCGGAAUUUCCCCAGUCUGUGUAUUCGGGGAAUAGGAGGACAGGGGUCGAUCUCAAGUUUCUCUCUCAAGAAAGUUGAUAUUUUACGGAGACAAUUUUCAUCCCUGUCCUCUGGGAUACCACUGAUUAGAAGGUUAUUUCGGCGACACCUAGCUUCGAGAUCUAUUGACUUGUACUCUAGUAGCUUUUUUUGCCGAUCAUGGUUAGACAUUGUUGUUUCCAUAGUGUUUACUUUGUUUUGCAAGUUCAGACAACUGUCAACUUUAUGAGAUAUGCCUUUUAUUUCCUGGAACAGCAUAGACAGCUUAGCAUCAAGUGAGAGACUCUCGUAGUCCGACAAUGUUUGAGACCGUUCGUACUCACUGUUACUGCUGCCCGUGUUUACCCGAGGCCGCUUUUUCUCUCUUGUAGCCGUUGACCAAGGUCCGCCAUUUUGACUGAAAGUCUCAUUGUCCAACACAUUAAAAUCGUUUCUGGUGAGAAAUUGUGAUCGAGCGUCCGAGUUUUGAUGUUCCAUGUUUGUGAAAUGCUUGAACUUACACUUGUACACAUUAACAUACCAUUAUUAGAUGUUCAUAACAUUG